AAAUUAACACUUCUAGAAUUUUUCUAACUUGGUGACUAGAAAUAUUUAAUAUCACUCAAAAUAAUUUGGUAGUUCUUGAAGUUAUGUGCAUGGUACACAUAGUUCUGCAUUACUAACAGGAAUUAUAAGUUGUUUCAAUGUCAGGUAAAUGUAUUACCAACUGAACCAUUUUUAAUGAAUUCACUAACAAGAUUUCAGUUGCCAUUUAUAUUUCAGAUAACUCUUUGCAAUGUGUAAUGUAGAUGGCAAUCUAUAUUUUAAAUUUAGUCAGUGAAGUCUGUCUGAGUUGACCUUGGCUGAACUACACAACAUUUAUUUUCUGCAAUCAAUUAUAAGAAUAUUAAAGAAAAAAUUAUAAAUUGAAAAGGAGUAAAAAAACAACAUAGCUUUGGUAUGUUGUUCUUUAAUUAAUGAGCGAUUUAAGGCAUUUAAACAUUUAAAACUUAUUUAAAUGUUCCAAAUUUUGACACUCUGUGUGAAAUAAUUCUGUAUGCAUAAUGAGUCCAAUUUCUAAGCUAUAAAUUAUCUAUUUCUAUACAGAAUUGUACACUACACAAAGGAGAAUCCCAUAAAAAUCACUUGUCCACACACACUGAGUAAUGUGUUGAGAAAACGCCUAUGCAGGUGGAUCCCUCACCAAUGAAUGUAGGGGAUGGAGGGACUGUGAGCAGAGAGAGCGGUGCCCCUACCCAGGUGUCUGAGAGCAUGGUGGGGAAUCCACAGCAGACACUGCCUCUUGAACUUAGAGGUGACAUACCUCAAAGUCAGCAGAACAAGCUGAGGGCGACCACAGACUGCAAAACGCCCGACGUCUGCUCAGAAGCCAGCAAUUCAAAUCAUUGCCCCCCAGUUCCCCCCUCCCAACCUCUCAGCAAUGUGUUCAGCACUGAUCCCAUGAGCACACUAUUGCCCGAUCGGACUGAGGUUCCCAAAAGCAAGACUGACGGUGCUGGCAUCUACUCCAAUCACCAGUGGCCUUGUGGUAAAAAGGUCACAGCAGAGGACCCUGUGAACUCUGUUCACUCUAGUAUAAACCUAAACAGGAAGACUAAUGCACCAGCACCAACCCAGCCUGUAAUAAGUGUUCCUCUGGGUUUCCAGUGCUCCACAUUGUUUAAACCUGGGCAGCCUGUUGCUUUCCUUCCCCCCUCCAAUUUUUCUUCUCCUCUCUGUAAGAUCACAUUGCCACCAGGGUUAGGUCAGAUUGCAGCACUGAGAGAAGCCACUGCUAGCCAGUUUCAAAAAGACUGCACAGCACGAAGCUCUUGUUCAAGUGCGACACCUAUGAUCAAAACAUACCCGUAUAAUUUUUCCAUGGGGAGAGGACCUGGUGCUGAUAAGAAGCCUCAGUCUUCAGGAUCCAAAAUCAGGUCUGACUCUUUGUCUAAGGGCUUUCAAGGUGGGGCUGAGCAUAAAACCACAAUGUCUUCUGUAACAGCCCCAGCUCUAGCCCAUCCAGCACAGCAAGCCACGCAGGGCUCGGCUCCACCAUCCCGAUACACCAUCUCUCCCAAUGCUGCCAUCUGCUGCAGCCCGGCUCUGGGAAAUAUAACCACUCAAAAUCGGCUGCUAAGCCCUGUAGAAAGAGGUUCAACAUACCGAGGUCCCGGAAAAACCUUGUUGACGUAUCUAAAACCAAAAAUUCUGUCCACUCCAGAGGAACACAAUGUUACCUGCCCUGUUGAGUCCAGGGAUGUGCCUCUUGAUCUGUCUGCAAAGUCCAAGCGACAAAAAAUUAUUAAAGAUGCUCAGAAUAGCCCAUUAGUGGCCACGGAACAUCAUUCUGUUGAGUCUCAUGAGAAAAAUGUUGCUGGUUCAAAAAAGGUUAAUUCUGGAUCAUCCAGUACAUAUGACACCCAAAGAAAUGGUGCAACUCAGAAAUCAUCUUCAAAACUUUCUAAUCACCAUACUUUGGAACCCAACACAUCCUGGGCAAAAGGCUCAUCUCCUAGUUCCUUCAAUAAUCUACCUGGUACAUAUGUAGGAGUAGCAAGCCCCAUUCUAGCAUCUACUUUACGCAGCAAAGAUGGAAAAAGUGCUGCUUUUGUUGAGGAUCUUCAGACAUUUGCCAAACAGGAAACCAUCUCCAUCAUUGACCAAGGAGAGCAGCCGGUCUGUAGAGAGAGGCAAGUGCCAUUUGCUGUUAAAGGUGCCCAGCAUAAUAAAGGUGGAAAGCUCUCGCCAGGUACUCAACAAGGUUUUUUAUCCUCCCAAUUAUGUGCUACAUCAAAUUCACAGCUCCACCGGAAAUCUGCUGGUGGAAAGGGAGGCUCCCUGUUUACACCUCCAGUUAAAUCCAUGUGGCAACCACCCUGUGUUCUUUCCCAAGGAACAUCCCUGCAGAAGAGACCAAGUCUGACUCAAGCCCCAAAGACGAAGGGCACCCUUAGUUGUGAGAGUGCCCUGUUCCAUAACUCCCACUUAAGUCCAACUAAAGUAGAGGAUGAAAAGUGGGAGAAGGCCAAAUCCCCCCUGUCUAACCUGGAGUCGAUAGUGAAGCAGAAAACUCUCGAGACCACUGCACUUACUGGUGAGAACUACUGUAAUCUGUCUUCUGUGGGAUCCAAGAGGCCUGAGGUAGCCAGCAUGCAGAACAGGUGUCUGGAGUCCACGUUGCAGCAGACACUUACCGCUUGUUCUUCCCCGUUCAGGGCCAUAGAAGGACAGGCCAUCAAGUCAGAUAGAACCUCUCCACAAAUGGAUCUACCAGCUCUAAGCAGAUCAGACAUCACAGUCGUUUCUGUGCCAAAGGAUAAGGGACGAGAAAAACAGGCAAAACAGACAGAAAAUCUAGCAUCUGAUGGUAGACAAAAAAUGAACUCUGGUACCCCUAGUAAAAGAAGUGCUCCCAGUGUUAAAGGAGAAUGGAAGGAAAGGAAACUGGCUCAGAAGAUAGAGGAUGAGAUGGCAAAAGAGGAGAAGGCAUCAGAGAGGAAGCUUUCUACUCACGUCAAGGUUGAAGGGAUAGCCUUAUCCCUCCUUCAGAGCCAGACCAUAGAAGCAGAAGGAGAGGCAAAAAUGAAUGGAGCCAAAGAGGAGAUACCUUCUAAAGGAAAAGUAUCCGACACCAAACAGAAGAACCUGAAAAAACCUGCCAAGGAGAAGACACCUUCUGAAGUGCAAAAAAAGUCUAUGAAAGUAACUAAGAAGCAAAAAGAUAAAGACAGUCAGUCAGUUAAGCAAGGCCCCUUCCAUAAAAAGAAAAAAGAUGCAUUGCCUGGAGUGGGAAAUAGUGUGCUGAAAGAAUCAAGUUCAGCCCCUAAAGUAGGGGGAAAGACUCGCAAAGGGAAGAACUGUCCAGCUAAUAUGGAGCACUCCGACUCAAACAAAAUAGUCACAGAUUUAGACAACAGUCCAUGCAGAAGUUCUCAGGUUGACAGAGAUUCAGGCUCUCUCAGCAGUCCGAGCUGGCCUAGUAAGGAAUCAGACUCCCAGGAGGAGGCCUCUCCGCGGCUGAGAAGAGGGCGCAGACGGACUGAUGAAGCGUUGCUCCGAGACUGGAGCUUCGCUACUCCACCUACUCCUCCCCCUCUCGACCCCCCCUCUACACCACCCCCUGUACCAGUCCGCCGGCCCCGCGGCAGGCCUCGAAUCAAUCCUCUGCCUGAGGACGUGGAUGCGGAUAAGGAUAGGCCCACUGAGAGUGGAGACACCUCUUCAAUAAAGAAAAGGAAACGCUGCAAGAAUCGUAAAUAUCAGAAUGGGGAAUACAUCACAGAGAAAGAGAAGGUGGCAGAUGGAGAGGAGGAGAAGCUGGGUGUGGAAUACAGUGAGGCCACUAAUGAGAAGCUGGGUGUGUACCCUUGUCUCAGUGCCACACUGACUGACAGAGUGUCCAGUCCAGACAUCAGCCCUAGGCGGACCCUGUUCACACGUUCAGGCUCAGCACGACCUCAAGAGAGUCCACCCACCGCACAGCCUAACGACAAACCCUCAGGGAAGAGGAAGUUCAAAAGUAAACACUUAUGUGACACCGAUGACCAGAAAAAGCUCAAGACUAAGAAAGGCAGCUUGGGUAAACGCACAGGGCCCCUCGUGUCAGGCGAGGAUGGUCCAGUCCACAAGAAAACCCCAACUACUCCUCAUGCUUUUCCCAAGCAGCAGUCAAACUCACCACUGUCUGGUAAAAAAGGAACAGCUGGGAAAUCAGGAAUCCCUGAAUCUACUCCAAGCCGUCCAGUGCCUCCAGAAGUCCGUCGACUGAUUGUCAAUAAAAAUGCAGGAGAGACGCUGUUACAGAGAGCUGCUAGAUUAGGUUACCAGGAUGUGGUUUUAUAUUGCUUGGAAAAGGACGUUAGAGAGGUGAACCGGCGUGACAAUGCGGGUUACACGGCACUACAUGAGGCCUGUGCACGUGGCUGGACACACAUCAUAGAGGUGCUGCUGAAGCAUGGAGCAGAUGUUAACUGCAGUGCACAGGAUGGAACGCGCCCAAUUCAUGAUGCAGUAGCAGCUGAUAAUCUGAGUGCCGUCUGGAUGUUGUUAAAUCACGGAGCAGAUCCCACACUGGCAACCUACUCUGGUCAGACCGCAAUUAAACUAGCCCAAAGUCCCGGGAUGAAAACUUUCCUCAAAGAGUAUUUCACUGAUUUAGAGGGACGGACAGAACAAGAUCCUAGUCUUCAGUGGGAUUUCUACAGUAGCUCUGUAUUUGAGGGUGAACAGGAACCUUGUUGGGACUUCCUGUUGUCUCAGCCCGAGGAAGAAUCCGGGGACAAUUUGAGUGAGCAGGUGAAGGAGAGAGACACCGAUACAGACUGUCUCCUGUUUGAGUUCUCCUCUGACCCGCUCCUACCCUGCUACCACGUCCAAGUAUCACUAACACAGGGGUUUUGUAACUGGUUCUUACUGGCAGACGUGCUGAAGCGACUAAAGAUGUCAGCGCGUAUUUUCCGGGCUCGCUACCCUCAGUUUGAGGUGGUGAGCAUCGCUCAGGCAGAGCUGUGGAAGCAGGUCUCUGUCAGUCAAACGUGCAUCGCUCCAGAUGAGCUCCAACCGGACGAUGAGGACAGGGAGGAGACGGUGGAGCUGGUGCGCUGUGUACCAGAGUUACAGGGACUGCUAGGUUCUUCCAUACAGAUCCUCCGAGAAGAUGAGGACGACAAGUCAGGGCCCAAUGCCAGACCUUGCAGUCGAUAGCGACUCCUGCAUUGCAUCUCCUGCUCUACAGCCAUGUGAUCUGAACGGAGGGCAGCGAGAUGCACGGGUCCUUGCCAUUGCAUUCGAUGGCCUGUUGCCAGUACCAGCACUUUGUAUGUUCAGAAUCGGCCAGAUAGGUCCUAUAUCCUCACAGACCCCCUGAGUAAUGAAGGGGCCCUAGGGAACAUCUUUGCCAAGCCCUCGCCGCAGGGAGAAAGGCUGGGGACGGACUCCACUGGAGAGCAACUUUCAGGUUCCUUCUGUGUAGGGUUUUGUUUUUACACUCUUCAAUAAUUCUUUUUUUUUUUUUUUUUACAAACCUAUAUGUAUAAGUAAAUAUAUAUGUAUAUCUUGACAUCAGGGUGAACGCAUCUGGUUGUAACUUAUCAUUAACAUGUUUUUAUGUGUGUUUGAUAUUGAUGGUCCUUUAGAAGGAGUGGUAAUCCAAGUCUUUUUUUAUCCUGGUAAAACUAAAUGUGUGUAGCUAAGAGGCUUACGUCAAGCUAACAGUGACAGGAAUGCCUUUGGGCCAGAUGGUUCCUGUGUAAACCAUCCAGCCACUCUCGGCUCCCAGAAGCCCCCUUACCUACAGCAUAUGUUCCUCACCCCGGCCCUCCUUACCUCAGCACCACUGCAGCUCUGCCAGAAACAUUACUCCUUCCCUUUAUUUCAUUUGUAUUGUAGCAGGGACGAGAUGUGUUCCUGUGACUUUUACUUUGGUUGAUGAGCUGUUGGUUUUAUCCACUGCUAGAAUUUUUCAGAUAUCAGCAGGUAUCAGCCGAUAUCAACCAUUUAAGUUAUGAACAAAAAACAAGCCUGUGGAGUCUAUUUUUUUUUUUUUUUUUUUAGGUUUUUCUAGGGCCAUUUUUCUAGAUUCCAUCUUGAACUGCUUUCCGGUGCUCAUGGAAGGGGUCGUCUCCCAGUUUUUCCCGGUGUACCAGAUUUCAGCGUGGUGUUGUAUUUACACUGAUUGUUGUUUGUGCUUAAUUUAAUAGUCAUUAAUAUAUUUGACAUUUUUUGCGUGUGUCAGAAAUUAUGUAUGAAAAUUGCUUUGUAUGGUUGGUGCUUUAUUUGACAAUGUACAAAUAAUGAUCCCUUUAUCCUGAGGUUGUUUUGUUUUCCCACACUGCGAACAGUAUUUUAACAAGCUAAAGUACAGUUUUAUUGUACUGGUGCUAAGCUAGAUUUUGUGUUGACAAUCAAUGAAGUUUUGUUUGAACUGAAACCAAUAAAUAUUUAAAUGAAGAGAGAGAUGUAAAGAUAGUUUAGUUUCACUACUUAUACAGCGAGACAUGAAGAAAGUACUUGGUUUUGACUGAAGAAGGCAUAUUGCUUCAGUGAUCUCUUUACAAAGAGGAGAGCUGUUUAUUUGAUUCUUUUUUUUAAGAAAUCAACCAGAAUAAAGCAUGAUUGUCAAGUGUU